AUUCUGAUGAAGACGCCAGUGAGCAGUCCACAGAUGAAGAUCACCAGCGCUCAGCUCUGGAGGAACUCACCGACCUUCACUUCAAGUUUGAAGUCAAAGAGGUGCUGUUGGAGCUAACCCGGCAGGUGGACCAGGAGAAGACGGUCCUGUCCUUAAGCGUCUGUCAGCUUGGAGCUGAAGGGAAGAGGCGGAGCUUUGACCUGAGUGUCACUUCAUACCUGCGUCGAGUCACACUGGACUACUGCGACGUACCAGACGGCAGGAAUCGUCCUCUCCACCUGAUCAGCUCCUCAGAGCAGCAGGGCUCCGACCUGCUGAAGGUGGAGUUCAUCAAGGCCGACCCCAGUGGUCCCAGCUUUCAGACUCUGUUCAACAACACCGAGCAAACCCUGAAGGUGGAGUUUUCCUCUCUGGACUUCCUCCUUCACACUAAAGCUCUGCUGUCUACCAUCAACUACCUGAACAGCGCCAUGCCACCGCAACUCACUGUGGCCCGCGACCGAGACACCAAAAGACAGGUGGAAAAGAGAGGACAGGGCCAGACGGCGUCUAAAGGAGCCAAAGAUGGCGGUGUGUUCAGCUUCAAGCUCUUCGCCAUGUUGGGUUGUUUCCACGUCGAGGUGUGUGACGAUCGCCGCAGCAUUGCAGACAUCAGAGUCCAAGGAAUCGAUGCAUCAGUGUCGGUGCAGGCGAAUGAGACUGAGGUGUUUGCCCGACUCAGAGACAUCGUGGUCACAGACAUCAAUCCCAACACCAUCCACAGAAAGGCAGUGUCCAUCAUGGGUGAGGAGGUUUUCAGCUUCAAACUGUCCUUGUUUCCGGGCGUAACGGAGGGGGAUGGGUACAGCGACACUUCAAAGGUGGACGGGAAGGUCACGAUGCGUCUGGGCUGUAUUCAGAUCGUCUACCUGCACAAGUUCCUCAUGUCCCUGCUGAUGUUCGUCGAUAACUUCCAAACGGCUAAAGAAGCUCUGAGCGCUGCAACGGCUCAGGCUGCAGAGAAAGCGGCGUCCAGCGUUCGGGGCUUGGCCCAAAAGAGUUUCCGUCUGUCUAUGGACAUCAAACUGAAGGCUCCACUGUGGAGUUGAGUCAAGACGACCUGAAGGUGCUGCUGAUGAUCCUGAUGGAGAAUCUGGGAGAGGCCGGCAGUCUUGAGCCCACCGCCCCGAGACAGGAGGCCAGUGUGCUGCUCCGAGCAGCUGGUGGCCCCACCACAGGUAAUAUUGGGAAGCUGACUGUGAGCAGUGAUGAAGAGCAGGAUGAAGCUCUGGAGACAAUGAAGUUUAACUUUAACAUUGAGUCUCUUGGUCUGGUUCUGUACAGUGACGAUCUAAAACAGCCCCCAGAUCUGCAGCACCAGGAGAACCUUAGACUGGGCGAGUUCACCCUCCACCAACUGAAGACUUCAGGAAAGAUCCUGACCAAUGGCAGCAUGGAGGUGACCACGAUCCUCACCGCCUGCACACUGGACGACCUGAGGACUGGCAUGGAGAGGGUGACAUCACGGAUGGUCGGUCGGAGAGAUGAGGAGAGCCCUGAGGCAAUGAUCGAUGUGACGUAUCGACAGAGCGCAGGAGAACAGGAGGUGGUGGCUGUUCUGCAGAAACUCUACCUGUGUGCCAGUGUGGAGUUUCUGAUGGCCGUCGCAGAUUUCUUCCUGCAGGCUUUGCCGCAGAGUUCAUCUCCAACCUCCGCCUCUGCACCGACCGACAGAUUGCCACUAAGACAGACUGCUGAGCCUCGGGCCGAUGCCAAGCCCGCCUCGAUGGUUAGGACUCGUUUUCGGGCAGUGGUGGUGGACCCCGAGGUGGUGUUUGUGGCCAGCUUGAUGAAGGCUGACGCCCCCGCCCUCGUGGCCUCCUUUCAGUGUGACUUCACUCUGCAGACUGAGGAGAACAGUACACAGAACAUGAGAGCCAACCUGAGGGAGCUGAAAGUCCUCGCCUGCCCCUUCAUCCGAAACAAGGAGGCCAACGGCGUCACCACUGUGUUGAGGCCCUGCUCGGUUGCCUUGGAAACCGAAACCCAGCCCAACCAACCACUGAGUGGGUCUGUGACAGUAGAGGAAGUCAUUGUUAAGAUCUCUCCGUUCAUCCUCAACACAGUGAUGACGAUAACAGCCGCCAUGACAGCAAAGCAGCGUGACGAGCAGAAUCCAGAGUCUAAUUCCAACGUCGGCGACCUCUGGUCGGUGAUGAACAUCUAUGGCUGUAACUACUGGUUCCUGGGAGUGGACCAGGCCACUGAGGUCACAGAGAGCUUCAGAGAGCAGGAUGGACGCAAUGAGGGCGAGAGCUUCGCCGCAGAGGUCAAGGUGGUGCAGGUGACUCUGGAGUCUGGUUUGGGUCAUCGGACCGUCCCUCUGCUGCUGGCAGAGUCCUCCUUCAACGGGUCGGCAAAAAACUGGUCGUCUCUACUGCAGCUGAGAGGUGACAUGACACUGGAGGUGAACUACUUUAAUGAGAUCCACGCAGUGUGGGAGCCUCUUAUUGAACGAGUCAACAGUGGCAAACGCAGGUGGAAUCUGGAGCUGGAGGCAUUCUCAGAAGGCACUGCCUCCACCUUUGAAUACUCUCUUAAGGAGAAGGCCCCCUUCACCAUCAGAAACUCUCUUGGGAUCCCUCUCAUCGUGCAGCACAGCGCAAACCUGAGACCAGUGGGUUCACCAGCGCAGGGAAAACUACACGAGUUGUCGGUGGAGCAGAGCCUGGAUCUGGAGCACUCCAUAUUUGAACCGUCGUCACGAGGAAAACUGUCAGCUCUGCAGCGGCAGGAGAGCUGCCUGUUCAACCUCACCAUCGUUCCCUCCGGAUACAGUGAGAUCUCCAAUAUCGCUGUAGACAAACCGGGUCGCCGUCUCUACAAUAUCCGCGGUCCGAUGCUGCAGGAGGCGGUUUCUGUCCUUCUGCAGAUUGAUGCUGCUGAAGGCAACAAAGUCAUCACUGUCCGCUCACCACUGCAGAUAAAGAAUCACUUCUCUGUGCCAUUCACCAUCAUGAAGUAUUGUCCAACAUCCAGGAGCCUGCAGAGCGUCGGAGAGGCCGAACCUGGGAAAGAGUUUCACAUUGCCUUGGAAACAUACAGAUGUCAGCUGUUUGUGCGUCCGGCGGGAUGCCUGGAUGGUCAAUAUGGCCCAUCCUCAACCUGUGUGGCAUGGAAGGAGCAGGUGCACCGCAGUUUAGAGGUUCGUUCUGUGCUGCAGUGUCCAGCAACCGACAGCGGCCUGCUGCCACUGAUGGUCAGCACACUGGCGGUCCCUGACGACCUGCGCCACAUCGCCAACCACGGAGAGGAGGACUGGGACCCUGCCUAUGUCAUUCACCUCCACCCUGUGGCCACGCUGCGCAACCUGCUGCCCUACACUGUCCGCUACAUGAUGGAGAGAUCAGCAGACUCUUACGAGCUUCAGGAAGGCAGCACGUCGGACCUCCUGAACGCUCGUGUCUCAGGCGAGAUUGUGUCAUUGGUGCUGACAAAGUAUCAGGGCCGCGACUGGCAUGGACACCUUCGUAUAGAACAGGAAAUGCCUGAGUUCUUGGCCAUGUGUCUCACCUGUGACUCAGACAACACCAUGACGGUGGACAUGAGCAUUCAUGUGACGAGGACGUCAAGCCGCCUGCUCCUGUCACUCUUCAGUCCGUACUGGAUCAUCAACAAGACCUCUCGAGUGCUGCAGUACAGAGCUGAGGACAUCAGCGUCAAGCACCCGGCCGACUACCGAGACAUCAUCCUGUUCUCCUUCAGGAAGAAGAACCUCUUCAGCAAGAACAAGCUCCAGCUGUGUAUCUCCACCAGCUCCUGGUCUGAUGGUUUCUCUCUGGACACUGUGGGAAGUUAUGGCUGUGUGCGCUGUCCCGCCAACAACAUGGACUUCCUGGUGGGUGUUAGCAUCCAGAUGAGCAGUUUCAACCUGACCAGGAUUGUCACCAUGAGUCCUUUCUACAAUCUGGUUAACAAGUCUUCGUAUGAGCUGGAGGUGGGAGAAGUCACCAGCCAGACCUCCACCAGGUGGCACUACAUCUCCUCCACAGAGUGCCUCCCUCUGUGGCCGGAGUACAGUUCGGGGAAGUUGUGUGUCCGUGUGGUCGGAUCUGAAUCCACAUCCAAGUCCUUCUAUUUUAACCAGCAGGACAACGGCACCCUUCUGAGCCUCGACAUGUGUGGUGGGAUCAUCGUGGACGUCAACAUCUCUGAUCUCUCCACGGUAAUCAGCUUCAUUGAUUACUAUGAAGGAGCAGCUCCGGCCCUGCUGCUUAACCACACACCCUGGGUCACCAUCAGCUACUGGCAGAGCGGCUCAGCAUCAGUUCACCAGCUGAAACCGGGCGAGGCUCGGCGGUUUGUGUGGGACGACCCGGCCAGUGUCCGAACGCUCAGCUGGAGCUGCAUGGAACAUUCUGGAGAGCUGGACUUGCUAAAGGAUGAGGUGGGUCAGUUCUCCUAUGACAGCCUGUCUCAGGUCCACUGGGUCUCCUUCCUGGAUGGACGCCAGCGGGUGCUGCUGUUCACAGAAGAUGUUGCCGUGGUGACAAAGGCCCGACAGGCAGAGGAGCUCGAACAGUUCCAACAGGAAGUAAAGGUGUCGCUGCAAAACCUCGGACUGUCACUGAUCAACAAUACCAACCGGCAGGAGAUUGCUUACGUCGGCAUUACCAGCUCAGGUGUUGUUUGGGAAAUGAAGCCGAAGAAUCGCUGGAAGCCAUUCAGUCAGAAGAACAUCAACCUGCUGGAGAAGAUGUACCAGAGUCAGCUGAGUGGGAAGACUGAGGGGGGCUGGCUCAAACUGGAGACCAACCUAGAGGUGAACCUCAGUGGAGCUAUCAUGAUGAUGCGUCAGCCAUUUUCCUCCCCGGUGAGAAGGAACUUCCUGUCUGGGAUCCAGGUGGAGUUCAAACAGUCGCAGCACCAGCGCAGCCUGAGGGCGCAGCUGCACUGGCUGCAGGUGGAUAACCAGCUGCCAGGUGCAAUCUUCCCCAUCGUCUUCCAUCCCGUUCCUCCGCCGAAAUCCAUCGCUCUGGACUCAG